GGAAUAUGCUUCCCUGAAUGAGCACACAUAGAUCACAUCAACGACCUCCAACAGGGAGAAACCAUUUAAAGGUAUGGAGAGUGGAAAAGGUAUCACUGAUAGAGGAAAACUUAGAACACAUCAGUGGACUCACAUGGACAAAAAAGGAUUCCAAUGCAGGGAGUGUGGGAAGAACUUCAGUCGGAGUGGAACCCUAAAUUUACAUCAACGGACUCACACAGGGGAAAAACCAUUUAAAUGCAUGGAGUGUGGAAAAAGCUUCAGUCAGAGUGGACACCUCAAUAUACAUCAACGGACUCACAUGGAUGAAAAACCUUUUAAAUGCAUGCGGUGUGGAAAAAGCUUCAGUCAGAGUGGAAACCUAAGUUCACAUCAACGGACUCACACGGGUGAGAAACCAUUUAAGUGCAUGGAGUGUGGAAAGAGCUUCAGUCAGAGUGGACACCUCAAUAUACAUCAACGGACUCACACGGGUGAGAAACCAUAUAAAUGUAUGGAGUGUGGAAAGAGCUUCAGAUACACUGGACAGCUCAAUAUACAUCAACGGACUCACACAGGAGAGAAACCAUUUAAAUGUAUGGAGUGUGGAAAGAGCUUCAGUCACAGUGGACACCUCAAUAUACAUCAACAGACUCACACAGGAGAGAAACCAUUUAAAUGUAUGGAGUGCGGAAAGAGCUUCAGUCACAGUGGACACCUCAAUAUACAUCAACGGACUCACACAGGUGUGAAACCAUUUAAAUGCAUGGAGUGCGGAAAGAGCUUCAGUUUCAGUGCAAGCCUUAGAUCACAUCAAUGCAUUCACACAGGAGAAAAACCAUAUAAAUGUAUGGAGUGUGGAAGGAGCUUCAGUCAGAGUGGACAACUCAAUAAUCAUCAUCGGACUCACACCGGGGAGAAACCAUGUGAAUGCAAGGAGUGUGGAAAGAGCUUCAGUCAGAAUAGAGUCCUUAAAUUACACCAGCGGACUCACACAGGUGAAAAACCAUAUAAAUGUAUGGAGUGUGGAAAGAGCUUCAGUCAGAGUGGUCACCUCAAUAAACAUCAACGGACUCACACAGGUGAAAAACCAUAUGAAUGCAAGGAGUGUGGGAAGAGCUUCAGACACAAUAGUGACCUUAAAUUACACCAGCGGACUCACACAGGUGAGAAACCAUAUAAAUGUACGGAGUGUGGAAAGAGCUUCAGUUUCAAUAAGAACCUUAGAAUGCACCAACGGGCUCACACAGGUGAGAAACCAUAUAAAUGUACGGAGUGCGGAAAGAGCUUCAGUUUCAAUGCAACCCUUACAAGACAUCAACAGACUCACACAGGGAAGAAACCAUUUAAAUGCAUGGAGUGCGGAAAGAGCUUCAGUUACACAUCAACCCUAAGAACACAUCAACGGACUCACACAGGAGAAAAACCAUAUAAAUGUAUGGAGUGCGGAAAGAGCUUCAGUCAAAGUGGAAAUCUUAGAAAACAUCAACAAACACAUAGGGAAGAAAGCAUUUAAAUGUAUGGCAUGUGGAAGGAGUUUCAAUCAGAGGGAAACCCUUGAUGUACAUCAACAAACUCACACAAGAGACAAACCAGGCAAAUUUCACCUAAUUACAUUG